CAACCGAAUUUUUUCCUAUAAAAUGAAAGCGCAAAUAUCAAACAAUGCAAUUCAAGUGUUGCAUACUAAUUGGAUUAAUUCUUCUUGAAGAAAUAAUCCAAACAUAUUAUUAAAAUGGCUAAGAAUAUUAUGGUAGUUACAUGUGUUAUGUUAAUUUAUUCAAUCUUUUUUUUGGGAAUUGUGUUUGAAGGUGUCAAUGGCCGUCGUCAUGCUAAUCGUUGGUUUAAUGGUCAUGCUACUUUUUAUGGAGCUGAUCAAAGUCCUGCCACUCUUGGGGGAGCUUGUGGGUACGACAACACUAUUCACGCCGGAUUUGGAGUCCACACGACGGCAUUGAGCGGUGUGUUGUUUAGGAGUGGGCAGGCAUGUGGAGCGUGCUACCAAGUUAAGUGUGACUAUAAGGCCGAUCCCAAAUGGUGCCUCCGAGGGCGAGGGGUCACCGUGACUGCCACCAACUUUUGCCCUCCUAACAACCAAGGAGGAUGGUGUGACCCUCCUCGCCAACACUUUGACAUGGCCAUGCCUUCUUUCCUUCGUAUUGCUCGACCGGGCAAUGAGGGCAUUAUCCCCAUCGUUUUCAGAAGGGUAUCAUGCCAUAGGCGAGGCGGUGUCCGAUUCACAAUGAGAGGGCAAGGAAACUUCAACAUGGUGAUGAUCUCCAACGUUGGUGGUAGCGGAGACGUGAAGGCGAGUUGGGUGAGAAGUUCCAAGGCUAAAAAAUGGGUGCCUAUGUCCAGGAACUGGGGUGCACAUUGGCAAAGCAGCAAAGACCUCAGGAACCAAUUGCUCUCUUUCAAACUAACUUUGGUGGAUGGCAAAUCUAUGACUUUUUACAAUGUUGUGCCUUCAUUUUGGAACUAUGGCCAAACUUUUAGCGCAAAAAAUCAAUUCAUGCAUUAGCAAUAAAUAAUUUACUUCCUCUGUCGUUAAAAUUUCUUCUUAUUUUUAUAAUUUGUCUUAUAAAAAAAAAGUUUUAAACAAAGAGAAUUUUUAGAGACAUACAUUUAUUUUACUUACUACUCAUACAAUUUUCAAAUUACCGAGUAAAUAACUAUACAAAGAUUUGAUUUAUUUGAUGGCCGGGGUUUAAUUUAGUGCAUAGUCCAUUGAACAAUCUAUUUGGCACAAGAUCAUUGCCUCAUUGGACAUACCUAGCUUGCCUAGUUGCUCUUCUAAUACUGUUGUUUUAUUUAAAGUUUGGAAAAUAUGGUGAUAAUUUAGCCAAAGGCAAUUAGGCAAAUUUCAUUUGUAAGCUCUCGUGUCCUAUGAUGAGAUAGAAUCUAUAAUAUUAUAAAAACUCAAAAGGACAACAUUGUAUUGUCACGUGUCAUCUUCCCUCAUCAUGACCUGGCGCCACAUGAGUAAUGAGAUAGCAAACCCAUAAAACCUUUCAUUUAAGCUAUAUUAUUAUUGUGUCUAUUCAAAUCACUCUAAUAAUACUUAUAAUAAAUCGUUUCUUAGGAAAUUUUGAAUUUUAACACCACAAAAAGAACACGAAUUUGAGUGUUAACACUAUAAUAAAAAAAAAAACAAAAAAAAAACAACUUUUAUUUUAACAUUAACAUCACAAAAUUUAUUAAAAAAAUUGGCUUUUACCACCACUUAAUAGUUGCUGUCCAAAAUUCCGUUAAGUGGGGUCCAUUGUGCCACGUGUUGCCAUAUUAUUAGUUUAAAAAAAUAAAAAAUUAAAAAAAAAAACAAAAACCCUAAAACUAACCCAACCACGACCCAAGCCCAACCGCUGGCACCGCGCCGCCACCACAACCCCACCCCUAACCCUCCCGUUUUCAGCCCCAACCACCGGAAAAUCCCCUCCUUCCCUUUCCCCCUCCCCAAAACUGACAAUCACACCCCAACGACCACAAUUUAAGGCCGUUCGUUUUUCGAACAACCACAAAACGACCCUAAAUCGGCCACUUAUGGUUGCAAGUGACUGAUUUAUGGUUAAAAUCGACCAUUUCGGCCCUAAAUCGGCCGAUUUCGACCGUAAGCGGCCGUUUUCGGUGAACGUUUUAAAUGGGUUUGCAAAACAGCGGCCGUUUUUGGUAGCCAUUGAGGAGAGCUGCCGGUUUUGGGGAGGGGGAAAAGGAGGGAGCGAAGUUGCCGGUGACAGAGGCUGUUAGGGUGAGGGAUUAGCGGCGGCGCGCUGCCGAAGGUGUGGUUGACGGUGGGGAUGGGGUGGUUGGGUUAGAUUUAGGGUUUUUGUUUUUUUUUUUAAUUUUUUUUAUUAUAUUAGACCAAUAAUAUGCUGACACAUAGGCAUUGUGAAUCCCACUAACGGAUUCCAUCCAUGAUUCACUUAAGUGGUGGCAAUAGCUAAUUUAUAAAAAAAUUUGGGGUGUUAAAAUAAAAGUUGUUUUUCUUUUUGUAGUGUUAAAAACCAUUUUUGUGU